AUGGGUCCCACAUGCUACAAAUCCCUAUCAAAGGCAAAGAUUGGAAGAAAAAAAGAGUUUGAUGCAGCCCUAAGAGAACUUAGAUGGAAGGAUGUUGAUAUAUCUGAGGAAGCGGAUGAAAUCCAGGUUUAUGUUCUUGAAGCAGAUAUAUGGAGUGUUGGUGUGAUUCUUUACAAUCUUCUUUGUGGGGUCCCACCUUUUUUGGGAGAAUCUGAAAAUGAGAUCUUUGAAGAGGUUUUGAGGGGUAAACUCGAUUUUAAUUUCCUCAGAUCCACGAACUAGUAUCUC